AUGGCGCCCCGCAAGUCCCGCGCCAACUCGCCAGAAUUUCCCAUUCUCGAAUCCAAUGGCUUGUACGCAGGCGAAAUAAGAGGUGAUGGCAACUGCUUAUUUAACGCCCUCUCCGACCAGCUCUACGGCCACCAGGAAAUGCACGAAGUCCUGCGGGCCACGACCAUCGAGCAUAUGAGGGGCGACUCAGACUUCUACCGCCAGUACAUGGCCGUGAACAACGUGCGGAGGAACCCCAAACGCAAGACCACGAAUGCAGCAUGUGCACGAAUCGACACAUCAUACUACACGGAAGAGCAGCUGCAACAGCAGUUUGAAGAUCAUGUGGAGAAGAUGGGCCAGCCUGGCGAGUGGGCUGACAACAUGGAGGUUUCGGCGUUUGCCUCAGCCCUCAAUGUCCACGUCCGCCUCUGGCAGGCUGACUACACUUACCUGUUCUCACCACGUGUAUACUACACAUCAAACGACGAUCUCAGUGCUGAGGAUGAUCGGCAAACACUGCAUAUCGCUUACCAUAGCUGGGAGCACUACUCGUCUGUACGCAAUACUGCAGGACCUCACAUUGGGGUGCCGAAAGUAUACAUUACAUCUGCAAUGCUAUCAAAGAAGCGGCCAAGCCCUAGCGUCGAUGGCGACGACGAUGACCAGCGUCGGCGGGCUAGGAAGCGUCGUUCGCCCCUCCCACUCUUCGACUCCGACUCUACACCUGAAGGGACGGAGAGCUCGUCGGACGAAUCUUCUGGCGCCAUAUUAUCGCAGCAGUCGAUCAUAGACAUUGCGCCUCCACAGCCCAUUGUCAAACCGUACAAGCUUACCAUCAAGCUCCGUGGUCUUAGAACGACAGAUCCUCUCGACUUGACUACACUCCUCAGUCGGACAUCGACACCAGUACCAAUACCUUCGUCCGCUCCCACACGUACAUCUACACCCACUCCUACCCAAACACCCACGAAAUUACUCACGUCCGCUACUACUCCUCUCCGUACACAAACACCUGCACCAACACUAGCACAUACACCAACACGUACACAUAAACAUAUCCCUCUACACACACAAACGCCACCUACACUUGCGGCAGAUUCAAUUUCGGAUACCGCAUCCCCCACCACAGCGGCGUCGUAG